GUAAUGGCAAGUUGGGAUUCGAAGGAGGGCAGACCCCGAUGCGGCGGCGCUUGCCUAAACGCGGCUUUAAGAACCCUUUUAGCCUCACUUUUCAGCCAGUAGGAUUGGGAAAGAUAGCCAAACUAAUAAAUGCUGGGAAGAUUGAUUCUCAUGAAUUGAUCACCAUGAAGACUCUCAAGGAUGCUGGGGCCAUUGGGAAACAGAUAGAGGAUGGGGUCAGGUUGAUGGGUCGUGGUGCCGAGCAGAUCAAGUGGCCGAUUCAUAUGGAGGUGUCGUUAGAGCAAAGGAAGCAGUUGAAGCUGCAGGUGGAUCUGUGAGGAGAGUACAUUAUAACAAAUUAGGGUUGAGAGCUCUCCUCAAACCCGAGUGGUUCGAAAAGAAGGGCCGGUUGCUGCCGAAACCAGCCAGGCCUCCUCCGAAGUUGAAGGAUAAAGUUGACAGCAUAGGACGCCUGCCUGGUCCAACAAAACCUAUCCCGUUUUUCACCGAAGAGCAGCCAGCCUCCUCUCCUGCAUAGUAGACCAAUGAUCGGUGUGUACGUUGAAUCACCGGAUUGGUAUUCAUAAUGAGUUAUCAUGCAGUCGGAUUUUGUUUUCCGGGACUCGAUAGUGUUGCGGGUUUUCCAUGUUUAGGAGGUAAAUAAUCAAAUUUUUGCAAUCAUUUUCCAUGUCAA